AUGUGGAAGCUAAUUUUCCUUGCUGUCCUCGCUCUGGCGACAGCCGAGCAGGUCAAAUACGACAACUACAAGGUAUUUCGUGUCGUACCUCAAACUGAGGAACAAUUAGAAGCCGUGAAACAAUUGGGAUCCACUUCCGAUGCUUUCUCCUUCUGGAAAGAGCCGAGCACCCUCCAGAACUUUGCCGACGUGAUGGUGGCUCCUCACAAGAUCGCGGAGUUCCACGAAAUCAUGAAAAAAUUGAACAUGUCUUAUGAACUCUACGUCCCUGAUGUUCAGACCUUGAUCGACAGCGAGAAGCCACCGGCACAGCCUCUGGCUACAUUCGAUCUGAACGUCUACCACACGCUCGAUGAGAUCUACGCUCACCUGGACAACCUCGCCAAGGAGAAUCCCGGAAAGGUGCAGGUUCUUGCGCCUGGACAGACCUACGAGAAACGUCAGAUCAAGGGAAUAAAAUUGUCGUUCGGUGGUAACAAGCCUGGAAUCUUCAUCGAAGGUGGAAUCCAUGCUAGAGAAUGGAUCACACCAGCUGCUAUUUUAUACAUGGUGAACGAACUGUUGCACAGCAAAGACGCUAGCGUCAGGGCCCUCGCCGAGUCUCACGACUGGUACAUCUUCCCUGUGUUCAACCCCGACGGUUACGUUUACACCCACACCACGGACCGUCUUUGGAGAAAGACCAGGAAACCAUACGGUGUUCUAUGCCACGGAUCCGACCCUAACAGGAACUGGGGUUACAAAUGGAUGUCCGGUGGUGCUAGCAACAACCCGUGCUCUGAAACUUAUGCCGGAAGCGCCGCGUUCUCCGAUGUUGAAACCAAAUCGAUGUCUGAGUACAUCACGUCGAUUUCCAACAAAUUCAACUCCUACAUCUCGUUCCACAGUUACUCGCAGCUUUUGAUGUUCCCUUACGGUCACACCAAGGAUCAUUUGGAGAAUUACAACGACGAGCUCCAAAUCGGUAAGAAGACAAUUGAGGCUCUGGCCAAACGUUAUGGAACUCAAUACAAGACCGGAAACGUCGCCGAAACCAUUUAUGUCGCCAGUGGAAGUACAGUGGACUGGGUGAAGGGAACUUUCCACAAACCUAUAACUUACACGUAUGAAUUGAGGGACACCGGCCGUUAUGGUUUCCUCCUCCCGCCGGAGCAAAUUGCACCUACAUCCAAGGAAACUCUGGACUCCCUGGUCGCCCUAUUCAAAGAGGCUAAGGCACGAGGAUACAAUUAAAGAAUUACAAAAAAGCAUAA